GAGAGCUCGGGGCUUCGUGACAGAUAUGGCGAACACGAGGUGCGAGGCGUGAGCGAGGGUAGGAGGAGCGAUGAUGGUGCUGUUGUUGCGGGCGCGAGAUCUGCAGGCCGAGUAGGGGGAUGGUGCGAGAGGUCGACGAGGUGCGCGGUGGGGGGAUGCGAAUGUGGAUUUGAUUUAUAUGAUGUGAGGAGAAUUUUUUUACAGGUCGGUAGCGAUGGCGUCUGCCCUUCUGGCCUCGCGCCAUUCUUUCUUCGCGGCGCGAGGGCCUUCGUCGUCGACUGGUUUGGUUUUGGGGGCUUGUAGUAGCGUGGAUUCCUCCGUGUGCACUUCUCCUGCCGAGUUUUGGGCUCGGAAAGCGAUCGGGAGCGGGAAGGGGAGCGGGAAUUGGAGUCAUGAUUCGAGUGCGUCCUUUGUGCGGGUCCGAAGCUCGCAGGAAUUCGGAAAUUCUUGCAGAUUGUCAGAGAGCCGAAGGUGUCCUCUGCCUUCGGGAUUUUCAUUGAGACUGCGGAGGAAAGUUUCAGGGAACCGGUCGAGAAAUUCCUUCGAACCUUCGGAGAAUGGAAGAGAAGGAGCUCCUGCUCGUGCUUAUUUUGGCCAUCGAGAAUCCAUGGCAAGGGAAGACGAGAGUGGGGCCGAAUCCAAGAGGAUUACGCUCCCAAUUUUGGGCGAACUACCAUUUGACGUUCCGGACAUCGGCGAGAUCACGCCGAAGAAAGUCGCCAUUUGGGCAGCGCUCGCAGCUCUCGUGUACGCCACCUUGAAUUUCAUCGCCAGUAGAACCGUAUUCAACCCCAAAUUCUGGACUUACGCGUCGUGGAUUCUGGUCGUGUGGCCGAUGCCCACUGCAGUGAUCCUCGGGCUGGCCUCUCUGGUGACUGCGUUCCGGGUGACGAAGAGGAAACCGAAAGAAUGGGAACAAGUGCUGCUGCUCGUGGGCUCUCUGGUCUGGCUGAUUUUAGUGCCAGUCGGACGAUUCCAGGGCUUCGUCGAUGGCUGGCCCACAAUCCUCUUCUCCCUCUACGCAGGAUUCUUUCUGAUCAGUGCCGUCGUGCGGUACCGACUCUAUGGAGACUUAUCAUCCAAGGCCGAGGACAAGCAGUGGGCCAACACCACGUCCCGCUCAUGGCAAGUUGGGUUCGUUGCAAGUGUGGCUGCAGGUCACUGGCUUGCAGCUUGGGAGGCCCCAUUUCUCGCACUCAGCUGGAAUUUUGGACCCAGAAGUCAGCUGGCUGCAGCAGUUUUAGUUCUGGCUGUGGUCACCCAUUACAAUGCAGCUUAUUAUUUAGGAAAGUAUUUUGACAGAUUGGUGAAGCCCCGUGCUGUGGUGAUGUUCGGACCUUACCGAUGGGUUCGGCAUCCCAUCUAUGCCAGCUACAUGCUGUUGUUCGUGGGUUAUUGUUUAGCACUGAGAUCCUACAAGAGCUUGGUGUUCAUGCUCGCCGCUUGCAUUGCUUAUUACGAGCAGAGGACGAAGAUUGAAGAGGAGCAACUGGUGGAUACUUUCGGGGAACUGUAUACAGGUUACGUAGAACGGGUUCAGAACAAGUACUUCCCCUUCUUAUACUGAUACGGAGCUCGUCAUCAAGACCAAUAAUGUCAACGAAAUGAGAAUUUCAAUGUCAAUUAACAAUCAUUCACAUGCAU